AUGCCUUUGACCUUACGACGUGCGUUUGCUCAGAUUUCUAGGGCUGUAACCGGUUGGAGAGGUCUCGCUUGUGUUACCAGCAAUUAUUCCACCGCGACAUGGCUUUCGCUUGCUCCCCACUCCAUCCAUGACCUCCCGUUUGAGAUCCUGGCUCUCAUCUUUGUUGCCGGUGCAGACACCGACUGCAUGUUUCCGACGACCGUUUCGCACGUCUGUCGGACUUGGCGGGCCAUAGCCCAUCGAACACCUUCUCUCUGGUGUCAUAUCACAUCAGACAUGUCUGCGGAAAUCCGCCGUCUCCAUUUCGAUCGUGUGAAAGCAUGCCCGCUCCAUGUUCAGCUGGCUCCGCUGAAACCUCGGCCAGGAGCUGUGGGCCGGCAGCGCCUCGAUGUCCAGAAUUUCAUGCAUAUGGUCGUUCCCACCAUCCGCCGGUGGCGUAGCUUGAAAGUUCUUCUGACUGAUUAUGAGCCUUUCCUGGCCAAUGCUGCCCUUUCUGGGCUGUCUGUGGCGGGGAAGCAGUCCCAGGCAACGCUUCUUCGUGAUUUGACGCUGAUCUAUCCCGCAAACGACGACUCGAAGGAGUUUUGCCUGUUCUCAGGAUAUGCCCCUCAAUUGAGGCACCUGGUCUUGAACGGACUGCGUCUAAUGUGGAUGCCUUCACUCUUCCGCAAUCUCACUUUUCUGGAUUACACGCAUCAUGGGUUCUCACUGGGCGAGGAAGCCGUUUAUGAAAUGCUUGUGAUGCUUAGGGUGUGCCCUCUGCUGCAGGAGCUGCGUUUGUUGUUUCCUGCGCCCAAACCGACUGCGCUGGCACGACUGCUUGCACUGCCUCUGGACCUGAAACUACCCAGCAGGUCUCGCCCGGUCCCUCUGCCCCAUCUUCUCUCGAUGCAUCUGCGUGUUUCGACGAAGGACAUCCCCUACGAGAUGACGCAGCUCGUGGCCCGUAUAUCCACCCCGAAACUCGUUUCAUUACAUCUUGUCGACCUCGGUCACCGGCGCCGCCCAUUUCCGAAUCUGCACGCAUUUAUGCUGGGCUAUCCCCGGCUGCCAUCUUUGGAGAUUGUAUAUGUCGAUCAUGGAUGGCACGGUGAUUUCAGGCCGCGCAGGAAACCUGCGAGACGCUGA